AUGGACAGCGGAUCAGCUAAAUACCAGGUUGUCGUUUCGAGCAGCGAUGUUUCUGUUCCUUUCACUCACCAAUUCGAUCUUGACGACGCUAUGACAAUGCCGGAAGAUGUUCUAGCCAGGCAUCAAAUGGUCGUCCGUUUGGUCUCCGACAUGCCGGCGGUUGAUCAUGCGAUCGGUAGUUGCUCGAUCUGUAUGGAAAGUUUGUCGCAGUUCGAGGGAGCUGCUUCAAGGCAAGUUUCGUGCGGCCACGUUUAUCACCAUGAGUGUAUUACCUAUUGGCUCUUGAACGGCAAUAGCAAUUCUUGCCCUCUUUGCCGCCAUGAAAUCUCCGGCUAA